AAAUGAUCACUUCAACCUGUUGCAGUGAAACUAAGAGGUCGCAAUCGCAGUAAGUUGCUUGCCGUGCUCGGUUUGGUAUUUGGUUACUUGCGUGUCUGCUAACGCAAAGUACGCGUGUGAUAUAAAUACAAAAGAACAAACAUUCAUAUACAUAUGUAUGUAUAUAACGGAAUGAAAAUGAGAUUCGCUGAUAAAUGUAUACCCAUUAAUAAUAAAAAGAAGUGUAAAAAAGCUGUGUAACGUGAGUUGAUUAUCGAAAAAAAUGCAUAAAAUAAAAUUGGAGCUAUCACGAAGUUCACAUAAACAAAUAUUCCCCAAAAUUAUAAAGCAAAACUCAAUGUAAAAGCCAACAUUAUAGCCAUGGGCUCAGAUAUGAUGCUAAUAUGUUCAAUCAAAUUCUAAAAACAAAAGUCUAUAUAAAUUUGUAUCGCUCACCAGUUCAGAAAAUAAGCAGUAGGUCUGUUUAAACGUGCCGUAUACCUUUCAUUAAAAAAUACCUACCAUCGUUUAACAAAUCAAAAUAAAAGAAAAUAGUUAUGUGGCCCCUUUUGUUACUCAGCAUUUUAUUACUCCCCGACUUGUCCACGCCGCAACUACCAGACACAUCGCCUUGUGAGCAGCGCUUCUUCUAUGUUCGCGAGGGCAAUGACUACUUCGGCACAAUUAAGUUGGAUCGCUUGGAAAGAGGACGCACAGCGAUUAAAGUGACUUUCUCACAACGCGACUCAUUAACUUCAAAUUACUAUGGCACCAUCACGCCAUAUCCGGACGAACAACUGCAAGUGACGCGUAUGCCGGCAUUAUUCCGCGUACACUUUCCAAAUCCAAAAAAGCCGCCUAAACUAACACAGCUCAGCAUCAAUGGUCAGGUGCUUUGUUCGGGCCCAGCAUAUCCAGCGCCAAGCAGUUGGUUUGAGCUCACUUACGCCGUGAACGCAUACACUGGCGCAACACCUGCACCUGCAUCUGCGCCGGCUCUACCUGCACCAACAACUACAGUUGUGCCUACACCACGACCCUCCGCUGCGUCAGCACUUUCUUCAGCACCCACCCUGCCAGCAGUCGUCGCCUCACCACCGAAGUUCUCUAAUAUCUUCCUCACGGAGCGCGUACAACAAAAUACCAGUUUUACCUGCGGUACUGAAGGUACUGUCGUCCGUCCAUUCCUGCAUGGUGGCAAUGAGUUGGUGCGUGGUCAAUUCCCUUGGAUGACUGCUGUCUACCGAAAAGAGUCUGUGCAUACUUUGUCAUACAUUUGCGGUGGCACAAUGUUAUCGGCUCGCAGUGUUGUAUCGGCAGCUCACUGUUUUCAGAAUUUGGCUGCCACACAAAUUGCAUUAUUUCUCGGUCGCACUAAUUUGGAGAGUUUCAGUGAGGAUGGAUUCCUCACACGCGAUGUUGAGCGUUUGAUCAAACAUCCAGAUUAUAACAAUCUGCCAGACGCGGAUAUAGCAGUGUUGCGUAUGCAAACGGUUGGUAGCUUCACCGACUACAUUCGCCCCAUUUGCCUGUGGACUGAAUCUACGCAGAUCACCCGCAUAGUUGGUCUUUCGGGCACUGUCGCUGGUUGGGGAUCCAAUGAGAAUGGUGAACUGGUUUCGCCGGUUGCCAAGAAAGUGGAUGUCGAAAUAGUGACCGAAGUGGAUUGCCUGCGAUCUUCAGCGGUCUUCUCCAAACUGGUGACUAGUCGUACAUUUUGUGCGGGCAAUCGUAACGGCGUUGGACCUUGUAUGGGUGAUUCGGGUAGCGGUUUGGUUCUGCAACGCAACAAUCGUUGGAUGCUGCGUGGUAUUGUGUCAUUCGGACAGACAAAGCGCGGACAAUGUAAUUUGUAUGAGUAUGUUGUUUAUGUAGAUGUUGCACAGCAUUUAAAUUGGCUGCAAGAUAAUAUGGAAUAGUGACUAUUACUAAAUAUA